AUGGAUUCUGAGAUUGUUAUCUCGUAUAAUGAUAAAAAAUUGCUUAUUACGAAUUCUCCAAUUAGUGUUAUUAAAAAAGAUGGAAAUGAUGUAUUUCAUAUCAUUAUUGAGAAACGACCAGCAAAUGUAAAAAUAUGCUUUACAAAAAAUAACAAAUUUAUUAGUAUUAUUUCUGGAUUUUUUGAAUGUAAACGUUCUAAAUCAGAAUCAAGUUUUGAGUUAACAAAAAUUGAUCCAUUUUCUGAAACUGAUCAAUCAUGUUAUAUGAUAGAUAAAACAAUAAAUGUAGCAAUGUAUUUUAGAAAAGAUAUUAUUUUUAAAUUAUUAAAUCAAAAACUUCUGGAGAUAUACGAAGAAGAAGAAAUUGAGGAUACCGACGAUAUUUGUGAAGACAAUAAUAAUGGCAUCUAUGAUACUAAUAAUAGUGAUAGUAACCUUGUUACUAGAAAAAUGGAUUUUGAAAUAGAUUCUGGAAUUGUUAUCUCAUAUGAGGAAAAAAAAUUUCUCAUUGCCAAUUUUCCAAUUGGUGUUAUUAAGAAAUAUGAAAAUGAUGAAUUUCAAAUAAUUAUUGAAAAACAAUCAGCAAGUGUAAAGAUAUACUUUACAAAAAAUAGCGAAUCUAUUAGUAUUAUCCCUGGAUCUUUUGAAUGUAAACGUUCUAAUUCAGAAUCAAAUGUAAAUGAAUUAGCAAAAAUUAAUCCAAUUGUUGAAAUUGAUAAAUCAUAUUAUAUGAUAGAUAGAACUUUAAAAAAAGUAGUAAUGUAUUUUAAAAAAAAUCCUAUUUUUAUAUUAUUAGAUCAAAAAUAUCUGGAGAUAUGUGAAGAAGAAAUUGACAAAAAUAUGAACUUGAUGUCAAUGAUGAUGAUAUUUAUUGCGAUUGCGACCUUCUUGCUGUUAGAAUUAGAGUUAAUGAAGGCAGAAAUAUUGGGAAUUAUUAUUAUUGUUGCUCUGAAUAUCAAUGCAAUUUUAAAUCGUGGAUUGAUUAAACAAG